AUGAUGAUAUCACAUAUAUUCAUCUUCGUAAUCACGAUCUAUCGAUCGAGGUUCUUCAUACAAUUUACCUACUUCAAAUCAAAUUUCAAGCACAAUGUUUGCCCAAUUAUUACUCAUCGUUGCCUUGGUCCUCGCUGUCCUCGCUUCAGUCUCAGAAGCCUGGUACGGUUUAGGUUGGGGAUAUGGCUGGCCAUACUCAUAUGGUUACGGUUACGGUUUAGGCUGGCCAUACUAUGGCGGUCUCUGGGGCCGUUAAAUUGUUUGCUGGCAACAGUAGACAAUAUGUAUAUAUAUUUAUCAUUUGAAUUAGAAGAACUAUUUACAGUCAUGGCUGAAAAUAACAAAGAAAAAGCCGAUAUCGGUUUAAUAGGUUUGGCUGUCAUGGGUCAAAAUCUUAUCUUGAACAUGAAUGACAAUGGUUUUACAGUUGCAUGUUUCAAUCGAACUGUAUCCAAAGUUGACAAUUUCUUAAAUAAUGAAGCUAAAGGUACAAACAUACUCGGUGCACAUUCCAUUGAAGAACUUGUUCAGAUGUUAAAAAAACCGCGCCGAGUGAUGUUAUUAGUUCAAGCUGGUAAAGCUGUCGAUGAUUUCAUUCAAACUUUGAUUCCAUUAUUGGAACAAGGAGAUAUUAUUAUCGAUGGAGGAAAUUCACUUUACAAAGAUUCAGUCCGACGCGCGGAGGAAAUAGAAAAGAAGGGUUUUCUCUAUAUUGGUACUGGUGUGUCUGGUGGUGAAGAUGGAGCCCGCCAUGGUCCGUCGUUAAUGCCCGGUGGAAGUGAAAAAGCAUGGGAGGCUGUUAAACCAAUAUUUCAAAAAAUUUCUGCUAAAGCUGAUGGGCAACCAUGCUGUGACUGGGUUGGCCCAUCGGGUUCCGGUCAUUUCGUUAAAAUGGUACAUAAUGGCAUCGAAUACGGUGAUAUGCAACUCAUCUGCGAAGUUUACAAUAUUAUGAAAGAUAUUUUAAAGAUGUCGAAUGAUGAAAUAGCCGACACAUUUGAUGAAUGGAACAAGGGAACAUUGGAUUCAUUUUUAAUUCAAAUAACAGCUGACAUUUUACGUUUCAAAGAAAAUGAUAAAUAUGUUCUAGACUCAAUUCGUGAUUCAGCUGGACAAAAAGGUACAGGCAAAUGGACCGGUAUUGCUUCGUUAGAAUACGGUGUGCCUGUAACUUUGAUCGGUGAAUCGGUUUUUGCUCGAUGUUUAUCAUCAUUAAUUGACGAACGUGGCCGUGCAUCAACACAAUUGAAAGGACCUAAUGUUCAAAGUUUUGACGGUGAUAAAAAACAAUUUAUCGAAUAUCUUGGCCAAGCUUUAUAUGCAUCAAAAAUAAUCUCCUAUGCACAAGGUUUUAUGUUAAUGCGCGAAGCAGCUAAACAAUAUGGAUGGAAAUUGAAUUAUGGAUCGAUUGCAUUGAUGUGGCGCGGUGGUUGCAUCAUCCGAAGUGUAUUUUUGGGAAAUAUCAAAUCUGCAUAUGACAAAAAUGAAUCCUUGGAAAAUCUUCUUUUGGACAGUUUCUUUACUGAUGCUAUUAACAAAUGCCAACAAGGAUGGAGAAAAGUUAUUGCAACAGCGACUGUCUAUGGAAUUCCCAUACCUUGUCUCAGUACAGCACUUGCAUUUUACGAUGGAUAUCGCGCGAAACGUUUACCAGCUAAUCUCAUCCAGGCGCAACGUGAUUACUUCGGUGCACACACAUACGAACUACUUGACAAACCAGGAGAAUUCAUUCAUACAAACUGGACUGGUCAUGGUGGAAAUAUCACUGCAUCAACAUAUACUCAUUAA